AUUCAUCGGCAGGCAUUUGGCCCAAAGUCGACGCACGGAGCUCAUCGCGUUCCUCAUUCUCACCCACUUAUUUAAUUCAAUUCAAGUGUUUUUGGUGUGAUAAUCACAUAAUCCCAUCCUCCGUGACUCCCACUGUCCACGUCCACUAGUAUCUGUGUGAAAACUCGUCUGCCAGGUGCUGAAAAACUUGUGAGAAAGAUGUCGAAAAUUCGUGCUGGUCCUGUUGUAGACAUCCUGGGCGAUGAGAUGACCCGAAUCAUCUGGGAUCUGAUCAAGGAGAAGCUCAUCCUGCCCUUCCUCGAUAUUGAGCUCCACGUGUUCGACUUGGGCAUUGAGUAUCGCGAUUCUACAAGCGAUCAGGUGACGAUUGAUUGCGCCGAGGCUGUGAAGAAGUACAACGUGGGCAUUAAGUGUGCCACAAUCACGCCGGAUGAGAAGCGCGUGGAGGAGUUCAAGCUGAAGAAGAUGUGGAAAUCUCCGAAUGGCACCAUCAGGAACAUCCUCGGCGGCACUGUGUUCCGCGAGGCCAUCAUCUGCAAGAACAUUCCGCGUCUCGUCACGGGCUGGGAGAAGCCCAUCAUCAUCGGCCGUCAUGCACACGCUGAUCAGUACAAGGCUACGGACUUUGUUGUGCCCGGAGCCGGCAAGCUGGAGCUGAAGUUCACGCCUGAGUCCGGGAAUACGAUCUCGUACGUGGUGCACGAGUACCAGGGAGCAGGAGUUGCUCUCGCCAUGUACAACACUGACGCCUCGAUCGUGGAUUUCGCCCAUUCGUCCUUCAAGUACGCCUUGGCCAGGAAAUAUCCGCUGUACUUGAGCACGAAGAACACCAUCCUGAAGAAGUACGAUGGACGCUUUAAGGACAUCUUCGAGGAAAUCUACAACAGCUCGUACAAGAAGGACUUUGAGGCUGCUGGAAUUUGGUAUGAGCACCGUCUGAUCGACGACAUGGUGGCGUAUGCGAUGAAGAGCGAGGGUGGCUUCGUGUGGGCGUGCAAGAACUACGACGGUGACGUGCAGUCCGACUCUGUGGCGCAGGGAUAUGGAUCUCUGGGUCUCAUGACGUCCGUGCUUGUGUGUCCGGAUGGAAAGACUGUUGAGUCCGAGGCGGCGCACGGCACUGUCACGCGCCACUACCGCAUGUACCAGCAAGGCAAGGAGACCUCCACGAAUCCCAUUGCCUCAAUCUUCGCCUGGACUCGUGGACUUCUCCAUCGGGCGAAGCUGGACGGCAAUGCUGAGCUGAAGAGGUUCGCUGAGACUCUGGAGAAAGUGUGCAUCGACACCAUUGAAGCUGGCUUCAUGACAAAGGACUUGGCGAUUUGCAUCAAGGGAAUGAACAAUGUGAAGCGCGAGGAUUACUUGGAGACAUUCGCCUUCAUGGACAAGCUUGCGGAGAAUCUGAGGAAGGCCCUGGGCAAGUGACUGAACGGCCGAAGUCACUUGUAGGUCAUCAGAGAUUUUCUACGCAUUCUUGCGGCAUUUUCAGGUGGAAGCUUUUGGUUAUUAUCCCCUCAAAAACCCCCCCAAAUUUUUACACGAGAAGUAAAGAACAAGUAAUUUAAUAUGAUAAA